AUGUCCUCUUAUCAAUACAGCGCAGCCUACGAUUCACCUCGCGGCUCGAGGGACAGAUAUCAAGACGAGCUGGAAGACACUGGUGAUCUCGAAACGCCAGUCCAGACCAAAGCUCCCUCGAUUCCCACCAUCUCGGUCACCUCGCCGGCCAAGAAAUCGAGAAAGUCACGGCGGCACUCCGAUUCGGACACGGAGACGCAACCUGCUCAAAUGUCUUCGCGAAGCUCCAAGCACCAUUCGAGCUCGAGCAGCUCGAGCUCGAAGAAGCACAGCUCUUCGUCUAAAUCCAAGUCCAAGGCCAAGGCCAAGCCUGAGCUGACAGAUGACUGGACCGACGUCACUGUGCCGGAAGAACGAAGACGCAUUCAGAAUCGGAUUGCUCAGCGCAAGUUCCGCGAGAAGGCUCGUGAGCAGAAAGAACAGGCUGAGCGCGAUCAGCGCAACCAAGACCUCGCGGGAAGCAGUUACCACAUCCCAGAGCCCGAGGACCUUGGCCCCGACGACGAGCAGCUGUCGGGCCUCCCCUGGGGCGGACCCAGCAUGCAGUAUGUCGUAGCUCGAGGCCACGAGAGUGCCAGCCAGCAAGGCAGCAGGCGCGCAUCUGACCAUGUCUUCGGUGACACACCCACGUACAUGAACCCAUACGGCGGCAUGUAUCAGGGCUGGGAUGGGCAGGGCAGCAGCGGGGCUGAGGAGAUGGGCUACGAGGAGUCUUCGCCCUACUACGACUACUACGACACGAGCGGAGCGAGCUCUAGCCGUUAG